GAGAAAUGUUUUUUUAUUAAGGUUUUUUGCUUGUUUAUGACUGUGAUUUUAAAUCAAUGAACCUGACAGAGUUUAAUCAGUCUGAUGGCUGUGAUCAUUUCUCCUGUCCAGAGAGAUCUGUAUCUCCUGCAGUUUAUAUCUUACUGUACGUGUGUUCAGCUGCUGUGGUUCUGCUAACAGUGUGUGGAAAUCUGCUGGUCAUCAUCUCUGUUCUUUACUUCAAGCAGCUUCACACACCAACAAACAUGCUGCUGCUCUCUCUGGCUGUGUCGGAUUUCUUGGUCGGACUUUUCGUAAUGCCAUUUCACUUCACGUGGCUGAUCGAGUCUUGCUGGAUGUUCGGACACAUUUUUUGCAUCCUGUUUAAUUUUAUGAGCUUUCAGCUCACGAGUGUGUCUGUAGGAAACGUGGUUCUGAUUUCUCUUGAUCGUUACAUGGCUUUAAGCAAUCCUUUUCUGUACCUGAAGGAUAUCACGUCUAAAAUUGUUCACACUCUGAUAGGCUUGUCAUGGGUUUUUUCAUUUUUGUAUAACUUUGUGUUUUUUUACGUGAAUGGAAACUUUACAGAUUUAUUUCUGUGUCCCGGUGAAUGUCUGGUCAGCACUUACGACGAAGUCGGCUCGGUAAUCGACCUCAUUUUCAUCGUUGUGAUUCCCUGUAGUUUGAUGCUUGUGUUGUACUUCCAGGUCUUUGUAAUUGCUCGGAGGCAUGCAAAUGCCAUACGAGAUCUCAAUCAAAACAAGAAAAACAUCUCAAAAAAUGUAUCAGAGGUAAUGAAAUCUGAAAGAAAAGCUGCUAAAGUGCUGGGCAUUCUGGUUUUUGUGUUUCUGGGAUGUUUGGUGCCUUAUUACAUCUGUACUUUAAUGAGCAAUACAGCGUCAUCGUAUAUCGUGAUCAAUAAUAUUCUAAUUCUUUUUUAUCUAAAUUCAUCCAUUAAUCCUGUUAUCUAUGCUCUGUUUUACUCCUGGUUCCAGAAGUGCACAAAAAUGAUUUUAUCCUGCAAAAUAUUGCACACGGAUUGUUCUUUUGUAAAUGUAGUAUAAAAAAGCUACUGAUUAAAGCACAAAACCACACCUGGUUUGAAUAACUUAAUUAAAACAAUAAUCAACUAAAGAAAAUGUAAAAAAAAAUGAUACUUUGUCUUGCAGACAUUAUGGCAAUGCUUUACUUUAAGGUUCCCUAAACCACGAUGAUUUACUUCACUAUUAAUAAACUAAAGAAUCAGAAUCAGAUUUA